AUGCUACGACGCAGUAGCAGGCAUAUGAAACUGCGUCGUCUCAAAAUCAACCAUGUGCGUCGCUACUUAUCAGGAGAAUCUCCUAAACUUUUUGAAUUUCGAGAGGACUUUGUUUUCAAGAAGGCUAGGAGACGACGCGUGCCGGGCUUUGAUGUAGGCAGAAGUGUCUGCUUACGACUGCGAUUGGCUACCUGCCAUAAAAAGAUUAUCAAGUGCCAGAAGAGACCUUCGACUGUUUUGUACACAUUUUUAGCAACCACUGUCUCGAGUCACGUGCAAUCUAGAAAUCGUGAUCAUUGUUUCAUAUCGAUCAAAAGAAAAAAGACCGGAAGUGCGGCUUCGCUGGUGAACGUUAUUGUUAUGGUUAUGAUAAUCAAGACUUCAAUGUUCCACAACUCAUUCGGUUAUAUAUGUUUCUGCCACCUUAUCGCUGAUUUUGGAGCAGUCUUUCCUAACGUCUUCUGGACUGGGCCUGUUACGCUUUUCAACCCGGAUGAAUCCAUCACCAAAGGGUACUUUGCAGCCAGAGUGGGUCAGCUCUCACACUUCUUUUGGUAUGAGUCUAUCUACUGCCACCUACUUCUUGCUAUCAACAGGAUGAUGGCCGUUACAUGGCCACUGUCAUACAGAAUAAUAUUCACUAGAAGAAAUCUGAUGGUUAUCAUAUCUAUAACAUGGCUGUUAUCCAUGCUUCACACUUCUAUGUACUGGUUGUAUGACUGCUCUACAUGGUACGAUGAUAAAAUAGCAGUUUGGAUGUAUCGGCAAACGUUAUGCACGCAGAUAACUUCGCGCAUGACCUAUAUCUUUGGUCUGUCCAUGUCUGGUUUGAUAGUGUUGAUAAACACACUGACCCUAUUUGGAUUGCAGAAGCAAGCAAGGAUACUAAAGCAUUUAUAUAAUGCAAAUGCGGAAAGAGAUGAUUCUCAUAGUGCACGAACAAAGUUGCAAAUAAAGUUUUAUGUGCAGGGAUGUGUUAGUGCAGCAAUCCUUGUAAUUGCUCUCAUUGGGUUUAAUUUUCUACCUACUCCUACUCGUACUUCACAAGUCCAGUUUGUGCUAAUAAACUCGGUUAUAUGGGAGACAGUCCAAACCAGCAAUGCGUAA